ACGGCAGCUCAGAGGAAGAAGCUCCGAGAGGCAGCAGGACUGCAGCAAACACGGCAGUUUCAGCCUCAUGCUUCGUCCUGGGCGCUUCUCCUCCUCCUGCCCGGUGUCGAAAACAUUGUGACACUAUUUAUUUUUUUUAUACACACACAUAUAUAUAAUUAAGUGACAAAUAUAAGAACAAAAGGGGUCAGCAGGGGCGCCGAGUCAUGGAGCUCUACUGCCUGGAGUCGGACGCAGCCGUGAGAGCCCAGCCGGACCCAAACAUCCUCUAUGAUGACAGAGUGCUGCAAAGUUUAUUAACUAUCGAGGACCGAUUUCUACACCAGUGCUCGUACUUCCAGCGGGUCCAGAAGGAUAUUCAGCCCUACAUGAGACGAAUGGUGGCGGGCUGGAUGCACGAGGUUUGUGAAGAGGAGAAGAGUAAUGAAGACGUCUUUCCUUUAGCCAUUAAUUAUUUGGACAGAUUUUUAGCAGUGAUGCCCACCAGAAAGAGUUAUUUGCAGCUUCUGGGAGCUGUGUGCAUGUUUCUGGCCUCCAAGCUAAAGGACUGCAGGCCGCUGUCGGCAGAGAAACUUUGCAUGUACACAGACAACUCCAUCACACCACGGGAACUGCUGGACUGGGAACUGGUUGUGCUGGGGAAGUUGAAGUGGAACAUGGCCUCGGUUAUCCCCAAUGAUUUUAUAGAGCACAUCAUUCGCAGGCUGCCGCUUCCCAAAGACAAGCUGGUGAUGGUGCGCAAACACACGCAGACGUUCAUCGCCCUUUGUGCCACAGAUGACCGCCUCGCCAUGAACCCUCCUUCCAUGAUCGCCACCGGCAGCAUGGGAGCUGCUGUCUGUGGCCUGCAGCUGGACCACAACGACCAGAGGCUGAGUCGAGACAACCUGACAGACCUGCUGGCCAAGAUCACCAACACCGAGGUGGACUGUUUGAGGGCUUGCCAGGAGCAAAUAGAGCGUGUGCUGGCCACCAGCCUGCAGCAGGGGCAGCAGUACCGGCAGGAGACCGGCAUCAGGGCCGGCAACAAGGCCAGGGAGCAGCAAGACCAGUCCAGCACCCCCACAGAUGUGCGUGAUGUCAACUUAUGAACUCCCAUUGCCACCUGACUCACACAAUGCCGCCUGCCAAUGAACUGACGGGGGGUGAGGGGCCCUGAGCAGCCAGUAUCUACAUCGGGUCGCCCCUCCAGUGAUGGUGUGACAAUCUAUGAACUUUUAGAAAUUAAGAAAUUUCUAGUUUUUUUCCUUUUUUGCCCCAUUCACACCUGGUUGGGUGUACUUUCAACUUUUGUACGGGCCACAUGUAAUCAAACAAGCUAUUUAAAAGAAAAAAACAAGGUAAAUUCUUGAAAACUUGAUAGUGCCUUAGGUUCCUAGAGUGGAAACCUGAAUAUAUUUUCAUACUUGAAAAACAAAAGCAUAAUUAUAUGAAAUAUACUUUUUUUGAUACAACCUAGCAAAAAUAGAUAUGAUAAAUGAUGUAUAUUUAGCUAGCAUUUAGCCAUGUUACUCUUUAACCAUCUUUACCAAACAGUUAUCAAUUUACAGUUUUAAUGGGAUUUUCCUCGUUUGAAAGUCCGUAUAGCAGUGAUUGAAAUGCUGAUACAGUACAUGUCAAUUAUACUAAGCUGAUAUCCAGCCAGAGGAGCGCUACUGCCGCUAGCCGCUCUGUCUGCCAUACUGUGCACCUGUAGCACUGCUUACUAUUUAUGCAGAGAAGUUCUGGCUAGGAGUGGGCUGGGCCUGCUCGCAGAGCAACGGCAUGAAGAUGGCUUGAGGUCUGGAGCAGUGACUGAAAGUGAUUGAUUCUGACUUCUGUCUGAAAACUGCUCGAUUCCACUGCAGGCUCCACAGACCGGCGUGUUAACGGGACUGUACGUACACGUGUUUGAAUUCAGCGGGGCCACGUUGUUCUGUUUCUGGUGUAGCUCAUACGUGUUAGAGAGCAGUUUGAGAGUGUUCAGUGGUUGGUUUGGAGGGCAUUUCAGCCUCAGCUAGGUAGUACUGAUGUCACGUUACUAGAGAAAGUGGAGGUUUGGAAAGUUUUUACCAAGUUUGAGAGGAAGCGGGUUGAAGGGCUUCCAGAGAGGAUUUUGGAAAAAAAACAAAUAAGAAGGAAUGUGGAAAGUGAUUGGAAAAUGUAAGAAGUCUGGAUGGAUGAAUGACAAUGAAACAGUGGGGGGGGUUCAUUUUAAGCUUUAUGAUGUUUCUGCAGUGACGCUCAGGAGGAGAAACGAUCCCUGGUGACGUCCGGUUCAGGCGUGCUGCAGUUUCUCCUGUUAUCAGUUUUACCAUUUAGCUUUUUACAGAGAGGGCGACUUGGAACAAUAUCGAUGCACUUUUAAAACACACUCCUUAAGGUUGGUAAGGGGAUGGUGGUUCAGUAGGUUUUGGGGGUCUUUUUUUUUUUUUUUUAGUUUUUCUUUAAGUUAUUUGAUUUUUUUCUGGGCUGGAUUCCCAUGGGGGUAACACACGGUGUCUUGAAAGCUACGCCCCCUACAGGUGAGUAGACAUAGGAUAAUCGGUGUUAUAGUAUAUAAACUAAGAAAAGCCAAGUCACGUGUAGACUUCAGUGCGAUUAUUUAACCUUGAACUUGAAUUUUUUUUCCAAUUCAUAGCCACCCCUCCCAAUAGUUUUUUUUCCCAGAAGUUACAUACUGUGUCCUGCAUAUUGUUGUUCAUGUUUUGUUCUUUUUAUGUACACCGCUCUCUGAAGUUUUAAAACUGCCAUUUGUGUGUUUUACACGCGUGUAUAUAACCAAUUUCUUGUUGAGCAGAAAUGCUUGAAAGCCUCAUUACACUUUAGAACUGAAAUGUGGUUUCUAAACUGUAUUCAUGCAUGUUUGACUGUGCAAAAAGCCAAAUAUAUUUUCUCCUCCCCAAAAAAUGCUUUAAGCAGAAAAAUGUUUAUGCAAUUAAAGGUUUUGUUUAUAAUUUGAAAGAGAUAAUUCCAAAGUAAGAUAGAUUAUAUACGUCGUUCUCUUGCUGCUAUGAAGCUUUUCUUUUCUAGUCUUACACAAAGAUGCCUUAUUGUCAUUCACUUGUGUGCUGCUAUAUUAUGAAAUUUUGUAUAUGUAACAUGGCUUUCCUGUUGUAUACCGGAGGGAACGUAACACAGUUUUGGUGCGGGACUGGAAGUACUCGUGUUUGCCGAUCUCUUUGAUUAGCAUGUUUUAUUCUUUUAAUGUUUCAUUUGUAUCUUUAUAUUCUAUCAUAUCCUUGCUGCUUCUUUGUAAUGUUUGUGUACCUCAGGUUAAUUUGGACGGAUAGAGCGAGAGCCCAUCUCAUCAUUACCUCAUCACACUUGACAUCACACACACACAUCGACUUCACUCUUAAUUAUUAUUAUUUUUGGACGGGUUUCACUGUUUCUGUCUGGAUGAGAGGAAGCAUGCUACUUCUACUCUUCAAAAUGAGAAAUGUCAGACGCCAGAUUCCACCGAGCAGUUUAAAUUUCAUGUGUCUGGUGCUAAAACAGCCUAUACUGUAUGCCAUACAUGUAUCGGAAAGACAAAAAAAAAAGUUUUAUUUUUUUCCUACUUGGACGUUCAUUGACAUGUUUUGAUUAGUUCAUUAAAAUAAAGUGGAAUAUUGUUUAUUUUUGAGGUACCCAUUUAUUCAAAGUCUAAACCAUGAGAAUGUUUUUUUUUUUAAUCAUUGUUCAGUGUGGUUGUUCAUCCAAACUCCUCUCCCACUGUCCCUGUGUGCAACCACAUCGUGUACCUCAACAAUUUGUCUUCAAUAAAUUGGCUAAAAUCA